AUUGUCAAAUGUCAACUGUCAGGGUUGUCUGAAUUUAUCGUAGGAAUUUAUUUACAAGCUGAUUUUGAAGAUUGCAUCAAAUUAUCAAAUAAACUUAACUUUAUUAAUUUAACCUAAAUCAAUUGCAAAGUGUAAUUUCUGAAAUAAGCCAAUAAUUUGUUUUUUAUAUUUCAUACAACUUCGUUAUGUCUAUUGAAAUAGAAUCAGCAGACGUUAUACGUCUUAUUCAACAAUAUCUUAAGGAAUCUAAUUUGACGAAAACACUACAAACACUUCAGGAAGAAACCGGUGUAUCAUUGAACACUGUGGAUAGUGUGGAUGGUUUCUGUGCAGAUAUUAACAACGGUCACUGGGAUACAGUACUGAAGGCUACAGCAUCAUUGAAAUUGCCGGACAAGAAGUUGAUGGAUCUGUAUGAACAAGUGGUUCUAGAGCUCAUAGAGCUGCGCGAGCUGGGUGCCGCGCGAACUCUGCUGCGUCAGACACAACCCUGUCUGCUCAUGAAGCAGCAGGAGACAGAUAGAUACAUGCACCUUGAGAACAUGCUGUCGCGGUCGUACUUCGACCCGCGCGAGGCGUACGGCGGCGCGCGCGGCGGCGGCGGCGGCAAGGAGUGGCGCCGCGCCGCGCUGGCGGCCGCGCUGGCGGGCGAGGUGUCCGUCGUGCCGUCCUCGCGCCUGCUGGCGCUGCUCGGCCAGGCGCUCAAGUGGCAGCAGCACCAGGGCCUGCUACCGCCGGGUACGACGAUUGAUUUGUUCAGAGGCAAAGCGGCCAUCAGAGAUGAAGAAGAUGACAAAUGCCCGACGCAUGUAUCCAAAAUAAUUAAGUUCGGUCAAAAAUCACAUGUUGAAUGUGCAAGGUUCUCCCCCGACGGACAGUACCUCGUGACGGGUUCGGUGGACGGGCUCGUGGAGGUGUGGAAUUUUACCACGGGCAAGAUCCGCAAGGACCUGCGCUACCAGGCGCACGAUGAGUACAUGAGCAUGGAGGAGGCCGUGCUCAGUCUGGCCUUCGCGCGUGACUCCGACACGCUCGCCGCCGGCUCCAACGACGGCAAGAUCAAGGUGUGGAAGGUGUCGACGGGGCAGGUGCAGCGCAAGCUGGAGCGCGCGCACGCCAAGGGCGUCACGUGCCUGCAGUUCACGCGCGACAGCUCGCAGCUGCUGUCGGCCUCGUUCGACCGCACCGUGCGCAUCCACGGGCUCAAGUCGGGGAAGGUUCUGAAGGAGUUCCGCGGGCACGCGUCGUUCGUGAACGAGGCGACGUUCACGCCGGACGGGCACGCCGUGCUGAGCGCCUCGUCGGACGGCACCGUGAAGGUGUGGGCGGUGCGCUCGGCCGAGUGCACGGCGACGCUCAAGCCGCUCGGCUCGGGCGAGCCGCCCGUCAACUCGCUGCUGCUGAUGCCCAAGAACCCGGAGCACUUCGUGGUGUGCAACCGCACCAACACCGUGGUGAUCAUGAACAUGCAGGGGCAGAUCGUGCGCUCGCUGUCGAGCGGGCGGCGCGAGGAGGAGGGCGGCGCGCUCGUGUGCGCGGCGCUGGGCGCGCGCGGCCGCCUCGUGUACUGCGUGGGCGAGGACCUCGUGCUGUACGCCUUCUGCGCCGCCAGCGGCAAGCUCGAGCGCACCAUCAACGUCCACGAGAAGGCGGUGAUCGGCAUGACGCACCACCCUCACCAGAACCUGUUGGCCACGUACAGCGAGGACGGUCUGCUCAAGCUUUGGAAACCGUAGUCGGCUUCGUGAAAUGUAUUUUUAAGCUAGCUCCUAUGAAAGUCAUUAUGAGAUAAGAUCAAUAAAAUAUUGAAAAUAAUUA